CGUACUCCCUUACGCUCUUCAUAUCGAUUCCAUUUCCUUAGAGAGAGACAUAGAGAGAAGGGAUGGAGAAGAGUGGGAAGCCGAGGGUGGCGAUCAUUGGGGGAGGCAUCAGUGGCCUUGCGGCAGCGAAGGAGCUCCGCUGGCUCGAGCCAGUCCUCUUCGAGGCCACGGACUCCAUAGGAGGGGUGUGGAGGCACUGCUCCUUCCGCUCCACGAGGCUGCAGACUCCGCGGCCGGACUACGAGUUCUCCGACUACCAGUGGAGCGACCGGAACGACGCCACGUUCCCCACCCACAUCGAGAUAUUGGAGUACCUCCACGGCUACGCCACCCACUUCGACCUGUGGAGGUUCAUCAAACUCCAGACCAAGGUGGUGGGGAUCCGCUCCAUCGGCGACGGCCGUGAGACCUGGUUCACCGAGCUCUGGGGGGACAAAGGACGGGCCAUCCCCGACCAACCGGCGUGGGAGGUCGGCGUGGUGACCGGCCACUCCGACACCGUUCAGUGGUACAAGUUCGAGUUCAUCGUGAUGUGCAUCGGAAAGUACGGUGACAUCCCAAACAUGCCCAAGUUUCCCCCUGGGGAGGGAGCAGAGAUAUUCCGAGGCAAGGUGAUGCACUCGCUGGACUACUGCAAACUCGACGAAGACGCCACCAAGGAACUGAUGAAGGGGAAGAAGGUCGUCAUCAUCGGCUACAAGAAAUCCUCCAUCGACCUCGCAGUCGAAUGCGCUGAAGCCAACCGAGGGGAAGAUGGCCAGCCAUGCACCAUGGUGAUAAGGACCCUCCAUUGGACUGUUCCCUCCUACUCCAUAUGGGGCCUGCCCUUCUUCCUCUUCUUCUCCACAAGGUUUUCUCAGUUCCUCCAUGAAAGGCCGAAUCAAGGACUGAUGAAAUCUCUUGCCUCCCACCUUUUAACCCCGUUGAGGAGAGGUGUGUCGAAGUUUAUUGAAUCGUAUCUCACAUGGAAGCUUCCUCUGGACAAGUACGGGCUGAAACCAGACCAUCCUUUCGUGGAAGACUAUGCCUCAUGUCAGAUGGCCAUCUUGCCGGAGAACUUCUUCGCCGAGGCCGACGAAGGGCGGAUCAUGUUCAAGCGGUCAUCGCAGUGGCGCUUCUGGGAAGGUGGUGUGGUUCUUGACGACGACACCAAGUUGGAGGCUGAUGUCGUGUUCCUCGCGACGGGAUUCGACGGCAAGCAGAAGCUGAGAUCAGUGCUUCCCGAGCCUUACCGUGGACUCAUAGUGGAUUCCUCCGGUGUCAUGCCGCUGUAUAGGGGCACAAUCCAUCCGCUGAUCCCACACAUGGCGUUCGUGGGGUACAUCGAGAGCGUAUCGAACCUGCACACGUCGGAGCUGCGGUGCAAAUGGCUGGGGAGGCUGCUCAAGGGGCACUUCCAGUUGCCGAGCGUGGAGGCGAUGUUCCGGCAGACCAGAGAGGAGAUAGAGGUGAUGAAGCGGACCACCAGGUUCUACCGCCGCCACUGCAUCUCCACCUACAGCAUCAACCACAGCGACGACAUGUGCGAGGAGAUGGGCUGGAGUCCAUGGCGGAAGGGCAGCUGGCUCUCUGAGGCCUUCAGUGCGUACAACAACCAGGAUUACAAGGAAGACAAGAGCGAAUAAGCUUUCGAUAGAUCGAUGACGUGCCAUCAACAAGGAAAUAGUCAAUAUUAAUUUGGUCAGGUUGAAAUAAAGCUAUGUCAAGCGAUAUGUGCUCUUUACAUUUAUAUAUAAUCGAUAUACAAUUUUAUUUCUAAUGUGCGAUCACUCAUCUAUAAGAAGAUGCAAACAUGCAUGCAGAUCAUGUUCUCAUGGCUCGUCACAUUGGGCCUGAGCCCACCAUUAGGGAUACAGUCUGAUGCACCUUGCAAGCUCAUGGAAGGUCUAACUUGAUCCCCCCAAAAUAUUCACAAUUCACUCAACAUUCAAGGAAAACAAAAAUAUCAGUCAUAGACAUCAACAACCAAAGUGACACGAUUAACAAAAAUUUCUUGCUAAAUAAUCCUUUUUUUUUCUUUUUUUUUUCUUUUUAACAAACACCAGUUGUUGUAUUUAUUUGUAUUUUUGGCUUUGUUCUUACUGCAGCUGUAGAUCAUUUGGACCACCUAUCAUUCUAAUAAUGAAUGGCUACUAAUAGCUUGCAGAUAUAGUGGUUUGGCAUAUUCUUGGGCAGUGAUCGCCGCCUCAGGGUCAAUCAAUACUGUCAGGGAUGACUGGCCUUCGUAUCAUUAUGAUCCAGUGAGAGAGAGAGAGAGAGAGAUGCAUCUUCACGCAAGGGGAAGAUAUGAAAUUGAGCAUUGGGAUGCAGUUGCAAGAGGCAGUGUUCCUUUUAGGGGAUUGGUGGGUGAUCCUCAUUUGUCUGCGCCACCUCCUUUCUGGAAUGGUGAUGAAGGGAUUGGUGGGAACAGGUCUAUGGAGAAGUGAGCUCAUCCCAACCAUCUUAGUUAUUUUGAGACACGACAUCUGGACAUUGCCAGUAGGCAUAUAGAUGCAAAUUCUGCUAUUGUUAAAAUAUGUAAUCCAUGGAGCUAAGCAAAGCAGCAAGUCUCGAGUGACUCAUCAGUCUCAAUGCAUUCUUAAGGCUUUGAGUUCUGAUCCAUGGGAAAAAGGUUUUACAUGCUUCAUUCACCAUGGUAGCUGCAGCUGCAGUGAUCAAUGUGCAUUUAUCUGAAGUUGAAAGGUUUGCCUCCACUCCAAUAUGCCACAAGUUCUCGAACGAAUCUCAAAGGAGCCGAUCAAGUCUCCUGCGUGCAUCUCAAAGCAGGAUCCAAGUCCGAAUGAACAUGCUAUGGAGGCCUCUUUUCACUGAAGCAAAAAGGACCGACACUCUCGUUGAAGGAUGACGAAGACUGAUCCGGUAAGUUUUCCUCGCUAAGAUGUGUUUCUUGUUGGACUCGAAGUUAUUGGACCCGUCUUCUCUAUUUGGAGACCAUGCAUGGAUCUGAGCAGAGCCCAUCGAGCUUCCGCACGAGUUUUCCUCGCUAAGAGGUGCGAGACCUUAACGAUCAUGAUUGCACAUCUGAUACCCCCACUAUUCAGGGUUGACCGACCCGGAAAACUUUAAGGGGGUGAUGUGGAUCUGCUGUGAUUUACGCUUUCGCAGGUCUGUUGCGGUGGGGCCCGUGCAUAUGGGCCUUUGAGAGACCACGUAGAAUGGUCUAAAUAAAAAAUAAUAUAUUAAUAAGAUAAUUGUACAAUACGUACAAUAAAUAAUAAUUUAUUGAAAUAAAUAUAUCUUUAGUCGGUCAAAAAUUUUGAACUGAAAUCCCACCCCACGGUGUAGGAUUUCAGUUACUUCCAAAAGUAAGUUUUCAAUGAUAGUUCUUUUUAUAUUUUUAUGUGAUGACUACAAGCAUAAUAAAAAAAAUAUAAGAAGCUAAGGAAAUCAGAGGUAUGCAUCUAUAUAUAUAUGAAAAGACAACAAAAGAAUGGUUGUUGUCUAUAUUAUUUUUUUAUAUACAUGUAUAUGAAAAGACAACGAAGUCUUUUACUCGGGGAAAUCGAAGGUAGCAAUCCAGUUAUAUCAAGCCGUGGAUUUUGAUCAAAGAUGAGAAUCAUGAAAUUAACGGCUGGAGAAUGCGCACUCACUCUAUGUGGCGUCAUGCCCUGUCAGUGCCGUGGUUGGAAGCGACGGAUGAUUCCAUGUGGAACCCGUUUGUGGAACGGUUGCCUUCUCUCACAACAAGGCGUUAGUCGGGUGGUCAGCUUAAUCCACGACAAGCGGUAAGUUAACCUCGAUUGUCCAGAUGACCUGGCCGAGUGGGAGCGCCACCGACGUCUGAGGUUCUGGUCACCUCGUGUGAGAGUAAGAAGACAGAAUUUUGAGUGAUUUGCUGCCGCUCUCGGACUUUUGGGCUGUACUUUACCUGACGCAUGGGCGGUAAUCGCACGAGUGAACACGUGACUCGGCGUGCCCUUUAUAUGCCGGUUCGGAGGCGCCUGGCGGGAAUCGGAGCUUUUCUUGGAGUCUUCCACAUGAGUUCUGGUAUUUAGCAAGGGAAGCGAUUAGGAGGCGGUGGCACUAUGGUGGGUAGAAACAGGCGUCUCCGAUUUCGACUGUGGUUGAUCAUCCUGAUGAUUCUAGGACGGGAUCGGUGAGUCAUCUUCCGUUUCUUCGAUGUUUUAUUUCCUUUUCUUUGUUCUCUCUGAGAAUUUCUUGAGAUUUUCCUGUUCUUGGACGGCGAUUUAUCUGGUAAUCCUGCUCGAGUCGAUGGUUUUGUUUGGUCCUCGUGUGUCGAAGCUUGAAAUUUCCGAGAACCAAAUCGGAUUUGAGCUACUUGGUUUGAGAUGGAGAAUACUGUUGCAUCAUGAUAAGCUUAUGGGUUUGGAGGGUUAUUUGGUUCGUAUUUCUUUUACAUGUUGCCGUGUCCAUCUUUCACUGUCGAUGCGGUAGGAUUCCAUCAUACGGAUCCCCAUCGGGUAUUGUCGGAACCAAGUAUUUCUUCGGAGUCGAUAACUCGUGCGAUGAUUGAUCUUGGUUUAAAAAGGAUCCAGGGGCGUGUCACAGGAGCCCCCCGCCAUGGGCGGAGCCGAAUCCUGAUUAGGGGAGGCAUGCAAAUCCUAGAUUCUUCAUUUUUUUUCCCCCUCUUUUUACUUGUGUUUUUCAAUAUAUUCCAUUUUGGCAGGAUAGUAUGCUUGAUCUUGCUUUAAGCAUGAAGCAAGCUAUAUUGCAUCGGCAUGAGAUUUCUAUUCGAUAUGAAAACAAAAUCACGUUAUUCUGUUAGUUAGGAUUAUUAUGAUGAUGACUUAUGGAACUUGUUUUUCUGUCACAAAUAUUAACUAUUUUUUUAUCGGUUGAAUAGUUGCAUUUUACUUUAUUAUUAUUAUUUUCAUAAUCAUUUUAUCUUUCAUUGAUUGCUUAUUUUCUAAAAUAAAUUAGCAUCAACUGUUUUUUUUUUACCAAAAGAAAGAAAGGAAUUAUAUUAACCCAGAAACAGUGCCAUUACAACUAUAGUCUGCUCCUUGGAGCUCAAAAUGGCAUGGAACUCAGGAUGCCAAUUAUCAGACCAUACAUGACAGCAUUUGGUGGACAUGGCAAACUGCGCAAGCCAAUGCGCACUACCAUUACCCUCUCUAAAUAUGUGUAAAACUUUCCAAUCCCUAAAUAGUUUCAGCAUCUCCUUCACAGUUUUAACAUAAUUUGCAAUACACCACGGUGGUGUUUCCUCUCCAUUGAGGGUUUACGCGAUUGCCAGCAUCUCGUUAGUCCGACUAUUGCAUUGCUCCACAAAUAUUAAAAGCUCCAUCUGCGUUUAGCUUGAACCAUCCAAUUUCAGGUCUACACUUGACCACAAUUUGAUGUGCCUCCCUCCUAUGUCCUUCAGUCGUUACAUCUGAUUUAUUGUUCAUUGUGUAUGAAACGGCCCCAUACGUCGUUGUAGAGUGACAUGUACUUCUGUUAUUAAAACAAUAUCAUUUUUGGCUUUCCAAAUUAGCCUAAAGCAGCCAACUGAAGAUCCAAGUAGCAAACUAGGAUGCUUAGGUUCCAGAUCUGCUUAAGGCAAUAGACAAUUAAAGACCUAAGGACCAAAUUAGGAUGCUUAAGUAAGUCACUUCUUUUCCCAAAAUAAGAGAAUUGAUAUCCAACUCAUUGCCAAGCAUGCCCAUACCCUUCUAGCAAACCGACAAGAAGACAUGAUUUUGACUAUCGCAACUGUCAUUACAAAUAAUGUUUUUAAUUUAUAUAUCGGUCCACUAGCAGAUUGGCAUAAAAAUUGUUCGUUACUGGGCAGUAUCAGGUUUUUUAUCCCAUAUCAAACGAUAUAGGGUUGUACCGAACGAUAAUGAUCGAAAUUUUGAUCGUUACCGACCUAUAAUGGGUGGUAACGAUCGAAACCAAUCAUUAUCGAUUUAUAAUAGUUUUCCAACGGUCAAUUUGAUCGUUGGAGACAUCUUAAAGAGUUUUUAAACCUUUUGUUCCUUCCUCUUUCAAUUCAUUUCACUCUCACACUCUCUUAUUAGUUAUUUAUAUUUUAUUAUUAAAAAUAUAAUUUAAAUGAUAUAAUGAUAAUAAUCAUAGUAAAGUGUAUUAUUAUGGUGAUGACAAAAUAUAUGUAUUAUAUAUUAGAAACAGGUAAAGUUAAAGAUAUUUAUGUAUAAUGGUUGUGUAAAAUAGCUCAACAAAGAAUUCUGAAACCAACGAUAAAGAUAUUCAAAUAUGAUGAAAGGAAAUAUGUAUGUGAGUCUGUGUGUGUGUAUGUGUCACUGAAUAAAUACUUAAUUUUGUUGAGUUCGGGUAGGCAUGUAUUUUUCUUAGUUACUAUAUGAUGAUCAUUUUUGUAAGAUUUAAUGGUCAUAAGCAUAACUAGAAAGAAACACAGGCUUCUUGUGGCAUCUGUGGUAGAACACAAGCCCUCCAUCUUCCUUUGGCAACGGACUGGGAGGAAUCAUUGCUUGUGUUCACCUUAGGUGAACAAGAACCUGGAAAUUGUACCAUUUAGGCCAUUUUGUGUUAUUUCUGAAAGCUGAAUUGAGAGAGUUGAUGUGGUUAGAAAGCUGAAUUUCGACCUGGCUGCGAUUUUUUGAGGGAUCGGUGAGUCGUCUUCCGGUUUCUUCGUUGUUUCAUUCCCUUUAUUUUUUAGUUCUGAGAGUUUCUUGAAAUUUCCUGUUGUUCCUUGGAUGGCUUGAAAUUUCUGACAACCACAUCGGGUUUGAACUACUAGAGAGUCCUGUUAUAUUGUCCGGUUCGCAUUGCUGUAUAUAUAUAUAUAUAUAUAUAUAUAUAUAUAUAUAUAGGUGAUUGUUCGAAAAACUAUUUUAUUUUAAAAGUUUUUUUUAAUAUUAUCCUUUUUAAAAUCCUUAAAAAGCUGUCAUUUUUUUCUGUUCAAAUCUAAAAAAAUUCCGCCAACUGUUUAAAGGAUCAAUCUUGAUUAAGGGAUCAAUCUUGAUUUAUUUUUUUUUCUUUUUCUACGUACGUUUCUCGGGAAAUAUAUAUAUAUAUAUUCAAUUCUGAGAUGCGUUCUUUGCUCCCACUUCUAAAAGGUAAAUUAAAUCAAAACAAAGAAUACCUUUUCAUCACGAGGAGAUGUAGUUAUUCUGUUAAUUAAGAUUUUUUAUCACUCUUUUUUAUUGGUUAAUAAAUUUGACUUUAUUAUUAUUUUGAAUAUUAUUAUUAUUUUCAUAUACAAUUAUUAGAAUCAACCAUGAAUAUUAUUAUUAUUAAAGCAUAUAUUUGUAAAAUAUUUCUGAUAUGCUAAAUAACUUAAUUCUCCUCAGCAUAAGUUAUUUAAAACUAGAAUUAAGUUAUUUAAGCUAGAAUUAAGUUAUUUAAAAACUCUCCUCAGCAUAUUUCUGUCGUUAAAAAGAACUUUUACCGCCUCAAAGGAUUUUCUAGUUGGAGGAUCAAAAGGAAAUUUGAAAGGAAGCUGGCAUAUGCUUGCCUGGUGACGAAAAGAAGAAAGGGAAAUGACUGGCCUUCAGAAGUGUCGAAGCAUCCGUCAGAAGAAGAAAAAGAAUGAAUUAUUUGCCAGAUUAGAGUGUUUGACAACAUUGUUUUUUUCCUUCGUUUACUUAUUAAUAAAAAAGGAGUGAAUUAUUCA